UGCGCUUCUUUAAUUUGGGGGAAGGCGGCGGGGCGAACCAGGAACGAACCCGCCCCCCUUUCGCGGCCGUAAUAAGAGUUACUGGAUGAGGACGGAGCGCGCAAGCGGAGUCUCGCUCGCCUUCCCUGCAACACGCGCCUCAGGCCUCCUUCCCUGUCCCGUAAGCCGAGCGAAGCUCUCCUCCCACUGUGGCUCGUGUGCGCAAGGCAAGCGGCCGCCGGCCGGCUCGGUGGCUUUCGCCUCCUCCCCCCCUCCGCUCCCCUAUCGCAUGCGCGUCUCCGAUUGGACGGUUGUUUUUCCUUCCCCUCCCUACUCCAGCUCGUCGCCCCGCUUGUACUCACCUGAUUGGCUGCCGCGCACGCGCGGGCUCCGCGCCCCCCUCCCCCCGUCCCCCUCAGGGGUAGGGGUUGGAGUUGCUCCUGGCCGAGGCCCGGCAGUCGCUUGGCAUCCCUCGAGGGAUUCGCAGCUGGCCGUGGCCGUUGAGCGUCGUCGCGAUGGAGCUGCCCCGCUUACUGUGGCCGUGGUAGUGCUACUGUGGCCGUGGGAAUAUGGCCGCGCCGCUGCCCGCGGCUGCCGCCUGGCUCCUGGCCGGGCCGGGGGGAGGCGGCGAGAGGGAGACGCGGGUCGCGCUGCGGUCGCCGCUGCUGCUGCCGCUGCUGCUGGGCAUCCUCCUCAGCCGCUGCCUGGGAGAGCAGCCGCCGCGCGCCGCCUCCGCCGCCGCCGCCGCCGCCGCCGCAGCCUCCUUACUGCCCGGCGCCUCCGACUCUGAGGAGACGGUGAUCAUCGGGCUGCGGCUGGAGGACACGAACGACGUGUCGUUCAUGGAGAAGGGCGUGCUGCGAGUGAGCGAGAGGAGCCGGGUCAAGCUGCGGGUCUACGGGCAGAACAUCAACAACGAGACCUGGUCCCGCAUCGCCUUCACCGAGCAUGUCCGGUGGAGGGAUGGCGAAGGCAGGCGGCCGCCAGCGGAGCAAGAGGACGGCCCGGCCCCCGUGGGCUCUACCUCCCCGGCCCCGCAACGCUGCGGCAUCCGCACCUCGGACAUCAUCAUCCGGCCGCACAUCACCCUCAACCGCCGCACGUCGGGGGUCAUCGAGAUCGAUAUCAAGCCGUUGCGAAAAACGGAGAAGAGCAAGUGCUAUUACCUGUGCACCUCCGUGUCCUCCCCGGCUAUCCUGGGGGGGGCAGGGAGCUCGGCCGGGGGCAGCGGUGGGGGAGGGAGCAUCAUUGGCCCCGAUGGGGGCCCGUGGACCGAGACCACCUGGAUCUACCAUGAUGGUGAGGAUACCAGGAUGAUCGUGGGAGAGGAGAAGAAAUUCUUGUUGCCCUUCUGGCUUCAGGUGAUCUUCAUCUCCCUCUUAUUGUGCCUCUCGGGCAUGUUCAGUGGACUCAACCUGGGACUUAUGGCCCUCGACCCUAUGGAGUUGCGUAUUGUGCAGAACUGUGGGACAGAAAAAGAGAAGAAUUACGCUAAGCGUAUUGAGCCUGUGCGCCGCCAGGGGAAUUACUUGCUCUGCUCCCUGCUUCUGGGCAAUGUGUUGGUCAACACCACUCUGACCAUCCUGCUCGAUGAUAUUGCUGGUUCUGGACUGGUGGCCGUGGUGGCAUCCACUAUCGGUAUCGUCAUCUUCGGUGAGAUUGUGCCGCAAGCUAUUUGUUCCCGGCACGGCCUUGCUGUAGGCGCCAACACCAUCUUCCUCACCAAGUUUUUCAUGAUGAUGACCUUCCCGGCCUCUUACCCAGUCAGCAAGCUUCUAGACUGUGUCUUAGGGCAGGAGAUAGGUACUGUCUACAACCGUGAGAAACUACUUGAAAUGUUGAGGGUUACUGACCCCUACAAUGACCUAGUUAAGGAGGAGCUGAAUAUAAUUCAAGGGGCGCUGGAACUGCGCACAAAGACAGUGGAGGAUGUAAUGACUCCACUACGGGACUGCUUCAUGAUUACUGCUGAGGCUGUGCUUGAUUUCAAUACUAUGUCUGAAAUCAUGGAAAGUGGUUAUACCCGUAUACCUGUAUUCGAAGGGGAACGCUCCAACAUUGUGGACCUCCUUUUUGUCAAGGACUUGGCCUUUGUGGAUCCUGAUGACUGCACUCCGCUCAAGACCAUAACCCGUUUCUAUAACCACCCGCUGCACUUUGUCUUCAAUGACACCAAGCUUGACGCCAUGCUUGAGGAAUUCAAAAAAGGUAAAUCUCACUUGGCAAUAGUGCAGCGGGUGAACAAUGAAGGGGAAGGGGAUCCUUUUUAUGAAGUCUUGGGCAUUGUUACAUUGGAAGAUGUAAUUGAAGAGAUCAUCAAAUCUGAGAUUCUAGAUGAAACAGAUCUGUACACUGAUAACAAGACCAAAAAGAAAGUAGCCCAUCGAGAGAGAAAGCAGGACUUCUCUGCCUUCAAACAGACAGACAGCGAAAUGAAGGUUAAAAUAUCACCACAGUUGCUGUUGGCAAUGCACCGUUUCCUAGCAACAGAGGUUGAAGCAUUUGGCCCAUCCCAGAUGUCUGAAAAGAUCCUCCUAAGGCUACUGAAGCAUCCCAAUGUGAUUCAGGAGUUGAAGUAUGAUGAGAAGAACAAGAAAGCCCCUGAAUGCUACCUCUAUCAGCGAAACAAGCCUGUUGAUUACUUCGUUCUAAUUUUACAGGGGAAAGUGGAAGUGGAGGCUGGGAAAGAGGGAAUGAAGUUUGAGGCUGGUGCUUUCUCUUACUAUGGAGUGAUGGCUCUCACAGCAUCACCAGUUCCCUUGUCCCUGUCUCGUACCUUUGUUGUCAGCAGAACAGAAUUAUUAGCAGCAGGUACUCCAGCUGAAAACAAGUCACCACCUCGUCCUUGUGGCUUGAAUCAUUCAGACUCUCUUAACAGAGGGGAUCGCAUUGAUGCGGUGACACCAACGAUAGGAAAUAGCAACAACCAGUUGAACUCAUUUCUUCAAGUUUAUGUUCCAGACUACUCAGUGAGAGCUAUCUCAGACAUUCAGUAUGUCAAGAUCUCAAGGCAGCAGUACCAAAAUGCCCUAAUGGCAUCCCGGAUGGAUAAAACACCUCAGUCCUCGGACAGUGAAACCACUAAAAUAGAACUGACUCUUACAGAACUGCAUGAUGGUUUGCCGGAUGAGACGGCAAAUCUUCUGAACGAACAGAACUGUGUAACUCACAACAAGUCCAACCACAGUAUGCACAGUGAAGGCGCCAUCUAGGAGCUGACACAUAGCAUCUUCCUCUUCCUCUGCCCUCCAUCCCAACCCUUAUCUUCAUCAGGACCAGGCCUCAUUCCUUCCCCUUGCCUUCUACCUGACUGCAAACACCAUUAGUAUGUGCUUAUUAAGCUGUGCUGCAUCCAAUGCUCUGAGACCAAAGACUUUAUGCUGAUCCUGAGGGCAGAAAAAGAAGCAAGAACAAGGAGCUCAGAGUGAGAGGUGGAUGCAGAGAGGGAAAAGCAACCAACACCGAAGCAAAACUUGGGAACGGUGAGCCACCCUUCUGGGGUGAAUGGCAAAAUUCUUCCUAGUGGAGUAGAAUCACGUUUAUUUUUCCAGCUGUAUUGAUGAUCCUUCUAAUGUAUGCAACAGUUUAAACCUAAAGCUGCGUUUUAUUUUUUCAAAAGAGAGAUCAUGGUUUUUGGGGUUUUUUUUUAAAAAAGAAGUAUUUUGCAGUUUUAAGUGUUGCAGGACCUUCCCAGUUAAGUUCUUUUGUAUUGUUCUUGAAUUUGCUCCAGUGUUCCCAUUUUCCCCAUAUUGUUCUGUUUUCCCCUUGUUGAAAUGAGAGACUGGUACUAGAAUGUAUUUGUUUUCUAAAGAACAAAGAAUGAAUGAAACUUAAAGAAUUUCUGGCAUAUCUCAAUUGGGAGACUGGGAAAAAGGUGGUAUUCUCCCUUGUCUAACCUUUAAGGAAGGAGGUAUUUUGGGGUUGUGAAUGUAAAUCACCCCCCCCAAAGGCCAUGUUUUAGAGUUCAUAAAUGUCAGAAAAUGAUGUGCGUGCCAUAUGAAGAUGAUUGAUUUUUCAGAGGUAAUAAUUUCCCCCGGAGAAUUACAUAGAGUUUUUAUUUAUUAUGGGGGAGUAAUGAUAGCAAUCCGUACCACCUCCCCUGGGCUGAGUACGUACUUUAACUUGUUUAUGUUUUCAGAGUAUGGGGCGCCAUCAUAGUCAAUGUGCUCCUUAUUUUGAGAUGACAUAAUAUAAGCAGGAUAGAAUGUAAGAGAUGUUAGUCCACCAGUGACUUCAAACCUUUUAUGUGAUGCUGCUGUUAUGCUGCUAUGCUUGAGAGCCAAAGUAAAUCGUCCCAAAGUUUUCUUCCUGCAAGAUGCACUUCACUGUGGAUGCUGUCCUGUUUUAGGUUUGGCAAAAGCUUUUCCAUAUAAAAUCAACCUAUAUUUGAUGGUAUGUGUGGCCAUGAUGGUGUCUGUUUCAGUGAAGGUAUUGGAGAGGCACAUCUGAAAGCUUUCCUAUUAUUCUACUGGUUCUCCCUUUUAGGAGCCACCUUUUUAACCUACUGUUUUAAAUAAGCUCUAUGGGACAGCUCUUUGGGCAUAGGAAGAUGGACCAGGAAUGCCUUCAGGACAUUCUCAGCUCCCACACCUCAGGACACUGAUAUUUACUAUGGGAGGACUGUUCCUUUAGGGGUUCUCUGAAUUUGAACAACCUGCCUUGACAUCAUUGUGACUCUGGGUUGCCUUUUGUCUGUUCUUCUUGCUUAUAAGAAAUAUGACUGUGAAAACAAUAUUAAUUUGUUGCUGAAUGGGCCUGUUCUGCACAACAGUCUCUGAGCUAACUUCCAGACUCUGUUACUCGAUUUCCCCCCUUCUUCUGCUCCACCCCCAUUAUUUCUGCUUUGCCAGAAUCCUGGGUUGAUAGGGAUGCCUCCAAUUCUUGGACGCAGAAGUAGUUUUGUGCAUGCUGGGAUGAGCUUAAUGUGAAUUCCCCACUGUUCUCCUUAUGGAAAUGCUCUGGGGAGAGGUAUGCCCCCCCUUUACCCCUCCGAUACCUCCCUGGAUGAGUUUACGGAGACAAAUAUUUCAUUCUAUUUUGGGGGAAGCAAUUUAGUCUGCGUAAGGCGAAUACUUGCUUUGUUUCACGGUUGCUCAUAAAAAGAGGAAUGGUAAGGAGGAAAUUUAGUUUACCCCACCCCAAAUCCCCAUUAAACCUAUCAGUUCUUUAUGAAGAGCCUAAGUGAAGAGGCAUCUCCAGUUAUGACAUUCAGUAUAAUUAGAAACUUUGGACCUUUUAAUUUAUUAGCGUACAUCUAUUUAAAAGUAGUUGUUUUAUUCAUGCUGCUCUUUACAGCCAGCUUUAAGGAAGGGCAGACAGGCCUCUGAGACAAAGAACCCACAAAGUGUUAUGCUUCCUGCCAAAGCAGUAGAACAAAGGUAAACUCAAAUUUUGGAAUGAAAUGAUGUCAUUAUAGCCAGCACACUUCAACAGAUGGGAAGUGGAGAAUGUUCUUGAUCAAGAAUGGGAUUCUCCGUUGCUCUUGUUUCUGCAUUUCAAGCAGCAGCUCUUUGUCUUGCACAAUGUUUUAUUCCCUAUAACACAUGGUUGGAUUCUACAACCACAUUGGUGCUGACCCAAAUUAACUUUCCUGGCUUAUCAUGAUUGGGUUUUCUAGUUUUCUUAAAAGGGUUCAGUGCUUAUCUUAAAUUCAUGUAAUUAUUAUUAAUUAGGCCUAGAAUAAAGCAUAAAAAGUUUGCAGGGUAAAGGCAAUCUUCCAUAGCCUAGCCCAGGGGCAGAAAACCUAUGGUCAUCCAGAUGUUGUUUGGGUGGGGGAGACUUCCCCAUCAGCCCCAGUCAGAAAGCUCAAUGGUCAGGGAUAAUAGGAGCUGUAGUCCAGUAACAUCUGGAGACCCCCAAGUUCCACACCCCGGCCUAGAAGCCGGAGGGCAACAUCUCUCCCUGAACAUUUCGUAGUACAGAAAAAAAUGAGGGCCAGGCCAUGUGAAUUAAAGGUCACCAGCCCAUGUCAAGGUAUAGGAAGUUGUUCUCAGUUCAAAUAUGCCUCUUAUUUUGUACAGCAUUAUGAAACUCUGUUCCUUGGUGUCAACAUCUACAUAGCAGUUGUCCUCUGCUUUCUGGCAAGUGAUCUUCUUCCUGGCUCUAGAAAUAUUAUUUAUCUUAUUUAAAAAUUGUGCUUCUCAUGUUAUAUUUUAGAGCAACUGUUUCACUGGCUUUUACAGGUACAUUUGUGGGGGAAUAUGUUAUUUGCAUUACUUGAGAAAGUGACCUUGGAAAAAACCCUGCUUUCACUGUUUCUGUUUCUUUUGUCAAGUGUAGUCAGCAAUUUAGUAGCUGGUAGCAGCCAUUCAAUUUUCAUGUUCUAAUGUGAAAUUAGAUGCAGCUUUUACACGAAAUUUAUUUUGAGGUGAGGUUUUUGACAAUAUUUUAAAUGUCUGAAUUAAUUUUGUACUCUUUGUUGUGAAUUGGAGACCUUGUACCUGUGUGUUGCCAAGCCUUACUAAAGAGAGAAUUUGUUCUUGAUAACUGUUAUGUCUUCAAAUACAAGAGUGGUGUCAUUGGCCCAGGCAGCAUGUAAACUGAUGGAGCAAGGGAGGUAGCACCUCAUCCUCCUUUUCCAAGCUCGCUAUCUCAAGAAGGCCUAGGAUUUGCAGAGAAUCACUCUUCCACCUGCUAUUUAACUGCCCAGCCAAGAAGCUCAGACCCAUUAGAAUAGGUAAGCACUAAUCAAAAAGUAUGGCUGGAGCUCAGGCUGAACAAAUGAAGAAGGAAGUAGUAAAAUGUACAAUUCACUUCGCAGAUUUGUUUUCCCAAGUCCCAAAGGUAAUCCUGAGGAUUAUUGGAGAAGUGUCCCAAGUGGCACAGGUCAUGAUUUGGGGAAGGAGCUGGUAGUGCAGAACUGAAGUGCUGGGUACCCUGAGUAUGCAAAACGUGUCUUUGCACGAACGGGCUCCUUUACAUGUCAUAGGAAGCCAUGUUUUAUGCCCCACCAAGAACAAGCAAUGUGCUGGUGAUUGCUGCUGAAUCGCUCCCAUUUUGCUGCACCCUACUCAGGAGCAAUAACCAGAAGCCUUGGACAUGUGAACUAGCACUUGAGGUUUGGUUUCUCCCAAGCAAAUAAACCAUGAAAGUAAGCCAAGAUUUGCACGUCACAAUAAAUCAAGGCUCAUGGCUUGUUGCUCCCAGCACCAGGGAGGUUGGAGACAAAUGCGAGUGAUUCAGGACCAUGCACUGAGAAGCUGUUAAUUCCUGGUAAGUAAUGGCUCACAGUAGUUGCAAACGUGCAACGUGGUUAGUGGUUCUUAAUGGGUUUGACAUUAUUCAUUAAUGUUUUCUGUUUUUCCUAUCUAGUUUUCUUUUUAAAUGCACCUUCAUGCCUAGGUAUCUAUGAAUUGCAUCCAGAUAAAAAUAUAGUUAUUUGACCCUUUCAGGUGAAUGGAGAAAGUGGCAAGAGUUUACCUGUUUCCCAUCCUCUCCCAUGCCCUCACCAAUCUUUGCCACAGCCUAACACUAGAGGGAGCUCUUGAUAUUUUAAUUGGCAGGAAAUGUGUGAUAGUGUACCUGAUGAGCUCUUCACUUCCAUGCAAUAAAGAUCUUGACUACAUCA